AUGAAGUCUAGUAAGAAGAUUAUCUCGAAUGUUUUAGAGCAUAUAUCUUCUUCUGGGAGAAUUGUAGGACAAAACUCGGAAGUGUCAUCUUCAUUUCAUAAAUCGGUGGCAUUAUCAUAUAAUAGUUACAAUCCAUCAUUAAAUAAAAAGGAUUUCAAUUCAAUUAUCUCAGAGAAUAUUUUCUCGAGAAUUGAUACUGGAAGUAUUGACUUUAAAUUGAUUAAGAAAAGGGACCCCAAAUAUUUUCAGUUUAAAGAUAAAUACUAUUUGAUUUUCCCUGAUUUUAAUAAUUUGAAUGAUUAUUUACACAGUACACAAAACUCUAAAAUAAAUAGAAUUAGAGUCAAAUUUAAACCAAUAUUGAAGGAUUCUGAAGAGUUUAGUAAGGUACAAAAUAUAUACAAAAAAUACUGUAGAAAUCUGUCGUGUGCAUACAAUUCGAGAAAAUCAUAUUAUAAUUCAAUUGCUGAAGAUGUUCCAAAUGAUUUCGAUACCAGUGAAAUAUCAAAAAUUGAAUCCAAAUCAUUACUUAUUUGGAAUCUACCAAAUGAGCUUUCACCCGCAGAGAUCCAAAAUUUUUUCUGGUUUUAUGACAUCAAACAUUGUUUCAAAUUGUAUUGGGACGAUAAUCAUAGUUUAUCCUUUGUAGCAUUCAAUAAUAUUCUCGACUGUAAUAAAUUUGCCAGAAAUUUCCAUGGUGCUCUGUUUAAUAAUGACAAGAAUCAAAAAUUGCUAAUUGAUAACUUAUAA